AUGCCCAACAACUUUUCUUUGCGAAGCGAAAGAGCAGUUGAAAGCCCUUUUCCCAGUGAAAAGGAAGAACAAGCAGAUGACAUUGAGAGGGUGCUCAACUCAAUGAGCCGCAUGCUGCAAACAACUUGGACGGACGCAGAUGUGCACUUGGUGGGGCCAGGAACCUUUAAAGGUCACGAGGAUUUGGACCAAAUCUUUUCACAGCAAGCAGCCAUGCUAGCUCGCCACGAGUUUGCGACGCCUGAUGAUGUGGUUGCGCUGAUGGAUGACACCUUCAAACCCGAGUCAGCAGCCGACGAGAUCCGGAAGCAAUCACGGCGGGUGAAAGUUGAGUCCUACGCCCGCAAGCUUGACCAGGCAGUCGCAGGGGAUUGGGCUCCGCCUGGCCGGUUUCGUGUGUUCCAGCUGGUGGCCAGCGCUGAGGAAUCUGAUGACGAUGUUCCGGAAGAUGCGAUCGUCCUCGAUGAUGAUCGUGACUAG